AUGCAGCCGCGCCCAAACAGCCAGCAGCAGCAAGCCACCAACAUGCGGUGCCAGCCUCCAGCGAGGCAGCUGCUGCUGCAGCAGCAGCAGAUGCUGCAGCAGCAGCAAAUUCAGCAGCAGAACCUGCAGCAGCAAGGGUCACACAUGGUGGUGCCGCGGCAGCAUUUCAUCAACAGUCAGCAAUACCCCGCGUACAACAGGCUUCAGCAGCAGCAGCAGCAACAGCAGCAGCAGCAGAUGUACCAGCAGCAGCAUCAGCAGCAAGAAGGAAUGUACAGCCCCUCAGGCGCUGUUUUGAUGCCCCUCUCUCCUAGGGGAGCAGGCAUGAGCUGGCAGGAUAAGUGGCAGCAGCAACAGCAGCAGCUGUUGGCGAUGCAGCAGCAGCAGCACGUGCAGCAGCAGCAGCACGUGCAGCAGCAGCAGCACGUGCAGCAGCAGCAGCACGUGCAGCAGCAGCAGCAGCACAUGUACCAGCAGCCUGCACCGCAAAGUCCCUACACGAAGCACCAGCUGUACCCGCAGCAGCUUCCCCACGACUAUCAGCAGCAGCAGCCGCUGGGUCUGCUGGCAGCGCAGCAGCAGCAGCAGCAGCAGCUGCUGCUGCUGCAGCAGCAGCAAACCCACGAGAUCCGCCACCGCAGCGACUGCUUCCCCUCUGCUUCUGGGGACUCCAACUACAGACACUGCAGCGACCCGCAGCGGCAAAGGGGGCCCCCUUUUGAGGGCCCCCUGAGGGGCCCCAACACCACCGUCGAAAGCCUCCAAAGGCGAAUCGAGGCUGUGUCGGCGCAGGCAGAGGCCCUGAGGGCUUCACUUGCUGCCGAGGCGCUGCAGGGCCGCAGCAACCCAGAAGAGUGGAGUUUGGUGCUGCAGCAGGAGGAGUUUGUUUGUCUGAUGCAGCAGGAGCAGCAGCUGCUGCUGGAAAUUCAGCAGCAGCAGCAGCAUCAGCAGCAGCAGGCGCUGCACGUGCAGCAGCAGCACAAGCAGCAGCAAGAGCUCCGCGGCGACGGAGCUUCGGCUCGCACUCGAGCCAAAUCUCACGUAACAACAGGUACGCAGCAGCAGCAGCAGCAGCAGCAGUCGCAGCAGCAAAUAGACAAGGUGCUGCUGCACACUCACAUAAGCCCACAAAGCAGCAGAAGCAUCAUACCCACUGCUUCUGCUGCAGUUGCUGCUGCUGCGUCUUCUACAGGAAGAGCCGCCACAAAGUCUGGGCGUGAUUCACCGCUUCGAAGAAGUUCAGCUGCUGCCUGCAGCAGCAGCAGCGCAGCAGCAGCAAUUGAUGAUGUCGAUGACAGGAAAUGGCACUCGCAUGCAAGCAGAAAGAACCGCAGCAGCAGCAGCAGCAGCAGCAGCGGAACAGCAGAACGGGAAGGCUCCGAUGCGCGGACUCCCGCGAGUCGCGAGCAGCAGCUGGAGCAGCAGCAGCAGGACCUGCUGCAGCAGCCGCUGCAGCAGCUGCGAAGCCUGCGCAGCAAAGGGCAGCAGCAGCCUUCACGGUCUAUCUCGAGCACGUUGGGUGCAGCAGCAGCAAGGAGUCCUGCUGCUGCUUCUCCCCAGCAGCAACAGCAGCGAAAGCCAGUAGCCGCAAGGACCCGCAGCGCUGCUGCUUCUGCUGCUGCCACACCUUCAGCUGCUGCUGCUGCUGCUCCUUCUCGCGCUGUGUCUCGCAAGAUAGCAGGCAGCCGCAGGCCGCUGCCCAGGACAGCAGCAGCAGCAGGGUCUGCUGCUGCUGCUGCAUCUAAGAGCUCAUCUUUUAGCAACAGCAACCGGGCCGGAAGACAAGCUGCAGCAGCAGCUGCUGCUGCUGCUACCCGGCCCUGCAGCAACACCAAUCGCAGCAGCUGCAGGCCCUCGCUGUGGCGCGUCAGCAGCACUGCAGCACUGCAGUCAGAAGCGGCAGCAGCAGCAGCAGCACCUUGGAGCAGCAGCAGCAGCGACGCCGAUGAGACACCUACAGCUGCUCGGCCCCUCCGCAAACAGAGCGGCCUCCCCCGUCCAAAGCCAUCAGCAGCAGCAGCAGCAGCAGCAGCAGCAGACAAAAGCAGCAGCAGCAGCAGCAGCGGAAAGGCCAGCACCAGCACCGCAGAAGGUGCAGACACCUCAAGCCAGAGCACUCAGCAGCAGCAGCUUUCUGGCGAAGAGGCCGAUGCAUCGCCUUACAGCAGCAGCAGCAGCAGCAGCAGCAGCAGCAGCAGUAGCACAAGCUUGCCUUUGAAGCUAAGGCGUAGUCUCUCUCCUCUGUCGCUAAUCAGCAGCAGCAGCAGCAACAGCAGCGGCCCGCGGUUCCGCAGCAGCAGCGCCUCGCGCUCUCGUCAGCGGCCACUUGCUGCUGCUGCUUCUACUGCUGCUGCUGUUCAGCUGCCUUUGCUGCCUUCUCGCAGCACUAUGGGGGCUUCUGUGUCUCUAGAAAUAGUCUCUUCUGCUGCGUUCCUUCCGUCUGCAGCAGCAGCAGCAGCAGCAACACCUGAAGAAGCAGCAGCUCCUGCGACCACUGCGGCAACAGCACCUGAAGCAACAGUAGCAGCUGCAGCAGCAGCAGAAACAGAGGGGCCACCUGCGCCUGUUUCUCUUCUUGAUAUUGAGACUCUCAAAAGGAGACAAGAGACUCAUCUCUAUAUGCAGCAGCAGCGCGAGCAGCAGCUACGACUGGCGCUGCAGCAGCAGCAAGAGCAGCAGCAGCAGCUUGAACAACAGCUGCUCCAGCAGCAGCAGCUCGAAAAGCAGUUACAGCAACAGCAGCAGCAGCAGCAGGCCCGCCGCAGCAGUUUGUCCGCUGUAACAAUCGAGAACAGCCUUUCUAUUGCUGCAACAGCAGCAGACACAGAGCAGCAAGCAGCAGAAGCGCAGCAGCAGGCACAGCAGCAACAGCAGGUGCAGCAGCACCACCAGCAAGUGCUGCCGCAGCAGAUCCAGGGUCUUGCCGAUGAGGCCGUCAGCACCUCUACGGACGACCCAAGACACAGCAGCACUGGCAGCAGCAGUAGCAGCGGCACCAGCAGCAGCAGCAGCGGCAACAAAUCUCCGCUGCUUGAGUCUUGCGUCUCAGGAGAGACUUCAGUGGACUCCGUCGCUGCUGCUGCAGCAGAACAGCUGCACCAUCAGCAGCUGCAACAGCAGCAACAGCAGCAACUGCAACAGCAGCAAAUACAACAGCAGCAAGUGCAGCUGCAGCAGCUGCAGCAGCAGCGCCUGCAACUGCAGCAAGAGCAGCAGGAGCAGGCACGCCAACAGCUGCUGCAGGUUCAGGAGGAGCGAAUGCAUCAGAGCAAUUUGCUGCUGCAGCAGCAGCAGCAUCCACAGCAGCAGCUGCAGCAGCAACAGCUCCACGAACAGCAAUUACAGCAAGAGCAGCAGCACUUGCAGCAGCAGCAACAGAGGCAGCAACAACUCGAACAGGAGCUGCUGCAGCAGAAGCUGCAGCGGGAGCUGCAGCAAGAGCAAGUACAACAGCUGCAGCAACAACAGCUACAACAACAACAGCUGCAGCAACAACAGCUGCAACAACAACAGCUGCAGCAACAACAGCAGCAGAAGCAGCAACAGCAGCUACAGCAACAGAAGCAGCAGCAGCAGCUAGAGCAGCACCAAAGGAUGCGGCAGCAACAGCAGCAGCAGCAGCAGCUAGAGCAGCAGCGGCAGCAACAGCAGCAACAGCAACAGCUGAAGCAACAGCAGCAGCAACAGCUAGAACAACAACUAAUACAGCAGCAGCAGCAGCAGCAGCAGCAGAAACAAUGGCUGCAACAGCACGAGCGCGAAAAGCACGAGGCCGCGCAACAAAUGAAGCAGCGGGAGCACCAACGCCAACAGCAGCUGCAGCAGCAACAACUACAGCAACAACAACUGCAGCAACAACAACUGCAGCAGCAACAGCUGAAGCAACAACAACUGCAGCAGCAGCAGCUGCACCAGCAGCAGCUGCACCAGCAACAGCUGCACCAGCAACAGCUACACCAGCAACAGCUACAGCAGCAGCAGCUACAGCAGCAACAACUGCAGCAGCAGCAGCUUCAACAACAAAAGCUUCAGCAACAACAGCUUCAGCAGCAAAAGCUGCAGCAACAGCAGCUGCAGCAACAACAGCUGCAGCAACAGCAGCUGCAGCAGCAGCAGUUGCAGCAACAACAGCUGCGACAGCAACAGCUUCAGCAGCAGCAACAGAAACAGCUGCAUCAGCAACAGUUGCAGCAGCUCCAGCAGCAGCGAAUCCGGCAACAACGAAUGCAGCAGCAACAGCAGCAGCAGCAACAACAACUUGCGCUCCUGCAGCAAUUGGCAGAGCCUGUCGAAGAAGAGGUCAUAAUUGCCAGCGGCAACUCCCAAGGCGAAGAGGGCCGCUCUUGGCUCCGUGGGAUGUCUCUGGACGACUGCGUUUUAGAUUUGAUGCAGCGGGGCCUGGCCCCCAUGUCGCGGCUGACAGCAGCAGGGGAGCAGCAAUUCGCAAGUUUUGUUGCUGCUCAGCUGCGCAGCAGGCAGCAAGCAGAAGCAAGAGAGUUGUCCAGAAACAUAGAGCGGCAGCAGCAGGGGCUUCCGAAUGGCAUUACUCCUUUCGUUGCAUGCUACGCAGCAGCAGCAGCAGCAGAAGCUGUGCAGACUCCCCGUGCUGCUGCUGCUGCAGCAGCAGCAGCAGCAGGGCCUGCUGCGGCCGUCGCCGUGUCGCCCGCUGCUGCAGCCGCCGCAGCAGCUGGAGCGGCUGCAGGCGCACACCACUCGCUGCUGCAACAGCAGCAAAGCUGUGCUGCUAGGCAGCAGCAGCAGCAGCACAUGAUGGUGCUCAUGCAACACGAACAAAUGUCGCAGCAGCAGCAGGUCCAGCAGCAGCAGCAAAUGCAGCAACAGCAGCAGCAGCAGGAGGAGCAGCAGAGGCCUGCCGCUCGUGGAUGGCUUGCUGGUGUUUUAAAUUGGAUGGGCGCAUCCUCUUCAACGGAGAAGCAGCAACAGCAGCAGCAGCAGCAGCAACGGCAGCAGCAGCAGCAAGUUCAACAGGUAGCGCAGCAGCAGCAGCAGCAACUGGUUAUGCAGAUGCAACAACUACAUCUUCGUGGACAGUCCCAGCAGAUGCUUGCCAGCCAGCUGCCCGAGCAGCAGAUGUUGCUGCUGCAGCAGCAGCAGCAGCAGCAAGUGCUGAGGCCCUCUGCCUCAUUGCCUUCACUGCAUGCAUCGCGAAGAGCUCCUCUGUGGAUGUAA